ACGAACAGCAGUGUUGGGCAGCUGUUGCCAUUUUCAGCCCAGUGUUUGGUCUGUUAUUUCACUGUCACAGCGUCGUUCCCGCUCAGCUCUUAUUUGAGAUUACUUCCCCUUUAAGAGAACCAUGGCACCUCUCAAGUCGAGGCAGACAUUUUUCAAUGCAAGAUUUUUUCUUGCAUAAAUUAUGUUCAUGACGUAGUGCUAAAGGCCAAUUUUGUGGCAUUUUUUUCCCGACUUUACAGCUCAAAUAGGAUUUUGUGAGACACGUGAAGGAUUUUUGAUCACCCUAACUGUUACAGAAAGGACAUCGUCAUUAAAUAUUAAGAGAGCGGAGCUCUUAAAAUUGCAACCCUCCUUAUCAAUGCAAAUACCUCUUUUGUGUGCAGUCAUAGCGCCUGUCUGGGAGCUGAGAUGAAUUUUUAAUUAUGUGUGACUGAAACAAACUGUGACAAGGACCUUUAUAAGAGCGAGGGAUCACAGAAAAUAAGCUGCAUUUACGCGAAUGCCAGGAAGUCAGUUUGUAUGGUGGUGCAGCGAGCCAUGAACUCCCAGGAUCUCCCUGCCAAAGAUGCCCCACUUACUGUCAAUGAGCAGCCAUUCACUGUCUGACUGCAGAAGUCUUUUUUCAGCCAUUUAAAUCCUGCACUUUGAAAUUCCCUGCCAAAAGACAACCAGGUCAUUGUGAUGUCUGGCCAUGAGACUAUUCGUGUGCUAGAGGUGGAGGUCGACGCGUCUCUGCCGUCAUCGCUACCAGAUGGGAAGAGUGAAGGCAAGGCUGAGGAGGAAGUGGCUCGGCCCGCAGAGCAACCUGACGGUGGCAGCACACAGGACGGCCUCGCUGCACCUCAGAGCACGGGGGGAGCAGUGCUGGGCCAGCAGCAGGUGGUGUCUGUUGAGGCUCCGGCCCCUGCUGUCCAAUCGCUGACACCUGCUGUUCCUGUCAGCGUGUCCCUGCCGCAGCCCCAGGCCGCCAUGCCCAUCACCGUACAAGGCUGUCCGCAGGUGCUGACCCAGGAAAGUCUGGCCACUCUGAUGACUGGUAUGAUGGCUCAGACGGGAUCUCUGGGGCAGCCCCUGCUCAUCCCCCUCAGCAUGGCGGGCUCCAUCGGGGGUCAGGGUGGCCUGGCUGUUCUUACCUUACCCACCACCAACGUAGCUACUCUGCCUGGGUUUGCAGCAGCUAACGCGACCGGAAACCUCCUCAAGCUGCCCUUCGCUGGGCUUCAAGCCGCGACAGUCCUGAAUUCGGUCCAGCCCCAACUACACACGAAUCCACAGGCGAUGUUCCAGCCUCAGGCAGCUUCCAUACAGCCAGUUCAGGCUGCUGUGCCUCAGGUGACGACUCAGCCCACACAGGUGACCAACGCACAGGGCACCGCUGCUCAGAUGGCGCCAGCUCAGGCGACCUCAGCCACCACAACCGUCUCUCAGUCCAACAUAUCUGUAGCAGCACUCCAGACUGCGGGGCUCUCCAUCAAUCCGGCCAUUAUCAACGCUGCUUCCUUGGGAGCUCAGCCUCAGUUUCUCAGCUCCCUCACCUCCACUCCCAUCAUCACCAGUGCCAUGUCCAACAUGGCUGGCAUCACCAGCCAGAUCAUCACAAACGCCCAGGGACAGGUUAUAGGAACCCUCCCGCUGUUGGUUAAUCCAGCCUCUCUGGCUGGAGGGGCUGCGACCCCCACCCUCCCCCUUCACGGUCUCCAGGUCCAGACUGUCACCCCGCAGCUGCUUCUCAACACGCAGGGCCAGAUCAUUGCCACGGUGGGGAAUGGACCUGCUGCAGUUGUGACUUCUGCUGCGGUUCUGCCCAAAGCCACUGCUGCUCCCGCACUUAGCAAACCUAACACACAGGCUUUGGUAACAACUGCCACUCAGUCACCAGUUGUCAUCGCACCGCAGCCAUCUGUACUGAAGACCGCAACAACGCUGUCCUCCACUGUACCCAUCACCUGUGGAGACAUAUCAAAAGUGGGCCAGCUGGUCAGCAAACCCCAGCAGGUUGUCAGCAGUGAGGAAGGCAUUAAUCUGGAGGAAAUUCGCGAGUUUGCCAAGAAUUUCAAGAUCCGUCGACUGUCCUUGGGGCUUACUCAGACACAAGUAGGGCAGGCCCUAACUGCGACUGAGGGUCCGGCCUACAGUCAGUCUGCCAUUUGCAGGUUUGAAAAGCUGGAUAUCACCCCUAAGAGCGCUCAGAAGCUGAAGCCGGUGUUGGAGAAGUGGCUGGCCGAAGCCGAGCACUGGAACCAGAAAGGCCAGCAGAAUCUGAUGGAGUUUGUUGGUGGCGAACCUUCCAAAAAACGCAAGAGACGCACCAGUUUCACACCGCAGGCGAUAGAAGUCCUCAACUCCUACUUUGAGAAGAAUGCAUUGCCAACAGGCCAAGAGAUUACAGAAAUUGCAAGAGAGCUAAACUAUGACCGGGAGGUUGUGCGAGUGUGGUUUUGCAACCGGCGACAGACUUUGAAAAACACUAGCAAAAUCAACGUCUUCCAGGCUCAGUAGCGACCUCGUUUCGGGGCGGUUUGCCACUGAUUUUUUUUUUUUGUUGUUGUUGUUUUGGUAGAUUUAACAUUUCAUACAACAGCACAGGUUCAGAUUGUGUUGUAAAUACAAGCUUAACUCCAAUAGGGUUUAAAGAAUAUGAACUUUUUGUGAAAAUGAAGGAAAUAAAAAAGCACUAAAAAUUGUAUUUUAAAGCUGUAUAUGGUGUGGUGAGUACUAAGUCAAACUGCAUGGUCCUUUUAUCAUAUACAGUGAUAAGAAUACAGUGAUAGUAACAGCUAAUACUUACAAACAUUUGAUGAGCUUUUAUACAGGUGGUUUUAUAGGAUGUCUCUCUGAAUUGUAUGAAGCGGCAGUGCAUUGAGUCACGUUGUCACUUUGGCACAAUGACUGACAUUGGAGCUGAUAUUUAAAUAGCAUGCUUUUGCCCUGCAGUGGAUGGAUUUCUAGCUCCUCAUUCAUUUUGUAUUCAUGUAGUAUUUGUACUGCGUGAGCAGCUUUGCUUACAUAAAUAAGAUUCUCAAACUAGAAGAAGGCAAUAGCCAAUAACCUUAUUUUCAUCUGAAUUUGUCGUGGAAGGACGCCAGACAUUACUUUGCUAUCUAUGGACUCGAUUGCAUCAAGUUUUGGGACAAUCAUCAUUUUGAUUUUUCUCACUGAUAAUCAUAAAGCUGAGUUUAAUAUCUGUAGUUAUUUCUUCUCGUUCGGCUUUAAGACGCUGAUACAGCGUUGUGAAACGAGUCCAUAGUAACGUUCCAUGGACAGCCGGUUCUUAUUAAAAUGAAGUUGUAGUUUUGGCUGUUGCCAAUGAUGCCACAAAUGUAAACUUAUUUUUAUUAUUUUUUACAAAAGUUGUUUUAUUUGUCAGUUUCUGGUGCAAACACUCGUGCUGAAUGUGUGGGUGGCACAUAUGUGUGAAUUCACUAUAGUGUGUAUUGUUUUUACACUUUCUGUUGUGCUUCUGAUACUCUGAGAGUAUUUUGUGUUUGCUCUUUGUUCACUGUUGUGACUGUUUCCUAAACAGCUUGGCAACGCGUCUGCUGCAUUUUUCAAGUUAGGUAAAGCAUAUUUGGAAAAUCAGAUUUUAAUUGGCCUAUUAUGAAGUCAACUUAAAAUAGUCUCAUGUUCCUGAGAGACAAUAGUGCCAGAUUUUGUUUUGAACACUUUUCAUUAAGCCUAAUAUCAGUCAAAUCGAUUUACUUAAUUAAACAAAUGAUUAACUGUUCAGCCAAGGAAUGGGUGCUGUGGUUUAAUAUGUUACAACUUUGAAUCUGAAUGAGUUAACUUGACUGUUUGCAUGCAUGUGCAGUAUGAAGUUAUUUCCUGUAGGAACAAUACUAUGGCAGUUUUCUCUGUCUUUGCCAGUUCUUCAAAAAUUCUUUGCACUUUAGAGACAGCAGGGAGAGUAAAAGAGUUACAAAAGGUUUAUGUAUAGUUUCAGUGAUGUAUGUGAGAGUAUAAUUUCUGCAUUUUAAUGUUCUUGAACAGCAAAAAGCUUUGCAUUACAAAAUGUAGCAGUACUGGCAAAGUUGCAAUCAUCAACUUGACAAGCAACAUUGUUAAGAAUAAUGUACGUUUUAUGCAGAUGAAAUGUAAAAUACUGUAGGUUAAUGUCAACUCUGAUAUGCAUUAAUCACAUUCUUUGAGUUCAUUCAUUAUAUGGUGUGUUGUAUGGUCCACCUCAUAUUUGCCUUUUAAAUAACAGUAGGCCUAUAUUGAAGUGGACAUACGGUAUAACUAACCAUAAAAAUAAUUAAUAUUGCAAAGGUCUUUCAAUAACAUGUGUUUUACCUUCAUGUUCAAUACGAGAAGACACUAUAUGAUAUUGUUUAAUAUACUAAGUUAUCAGUAGAGGAAAAAAAGCAAAAUUCUAAUUUUAAGAUAUCAGCUAUUUGUCAUUUCACCCUGCAAAGCACACAAACAGUUCAGGUCUUUGCGAGAUAAGAGAAAAAACAAAAGUUGGAUGGUUGUUGUCAUUUUCUGUCAGAUAAAUCAAAUAAAUCCUGUCUUUAUUAA